GCGAGCCGCCUGCGCGGCGCUAUAAAGUGCGGGGCCGGGGGCGUCGCGGAGCCGGCGGGACGGGCGGCUGUGAAAGGGGAGCGCGUCGCUGCCGCCAUGGGGAACACCGUGGCCAGAGAGGAUUUCGAGUGGGUCUACACGGACCAGCCACACGCCGACCGCCGCAAGGAGAUCCUGGCUAAACAUCCAGAGAUAAAAGCAUUGAUGAAACCAGACUACAACCUGAUCUGGGUGGUUGUGCUGAUGGUUCUGGCGCAGUUGACUGCAUUUUAUCUAGUUAAAGACUUGGAUUGGAAAUGGGUAGUCUUCUGGGCAUACGUUUUUGGAAGCUGUAUUAGCCACUCCAUGACUCUGGCUAUUCAUGAGAUCUCUCACAAUAGUGCCUUUGGCAACAGCAAAGCCAUGUGGAAUCGAUGGUUUGGAAUAUUUGCCAACCUCCCUCUUGGUCUCCCGUAUUCCAUAUCCUUCAAGAGAUACCACAUGGAUCAUCAUCGUUACUUGGGAGGUGAUGGAAUUGAUGUGGACAUUCCUACCAACUUCGAAGGCUGGUUUUUCUGCACCCCUUUCAGGAAGUUCAUGUGGAUUGUUCUUCAGCCCUUUUUCUACGCGAUUAGACCUCUCUGCAUCAAUCCCAAACCCAUUACUCGACUUGAAGUAAUCAACUUGUUGGCUCAGCUUUCCUUUGAUGUUGUGAUAUAUUAUUUAUGGGGAGUCAAAUCCAUUUUUUACAUGCUGGCUGGUUCAGUACUUGGACUUGGGUUGCACCCAAUUUCAGGACACUUCAUAGCUGAACAUUACAUGUUUUUAAAAGGACAUGAGACCUAUUCCUACUAUGGGCCACUUAAUUUGCUCACUUUUAAUGUUGGCUAUCACAACGAACAUCAUGACUUCCCCAAUAUUCCUGGCAAGAGCCUUCCAUUGGUGAAGAAAAUAGCGGCUGAAUACUAUGACAACCUGCCACAAUAUAACUCUUGGAUAAAAGUACUAUAUGACUUCGUGAUGGAUGACACAAUCAGCCCAUAUUCACGCAUGAAAAGGCAAUUAAAGGGUGAAGUGAAGCAGGAUUAAACUUCUGGCAACCAAAAAACUUUGAAAUGUCUGCUUGCUUAAAGUGGCUGGUAUAAAGGUCUCUUGCUAAAGCUGUUCACCUGUGUCCUGAAUUAAGAUGUACAGCAACAUAGCAAUGCAUCCUCAAGGACUUUGUAGCAGACUCCUACCAGCUAUAACAUUCCUCACAGCCCUCAGAUUUGUUGGUUUAAUGUGUCUCUGUUUGCCUAAGGAUCAGUGUUAUAUGCAUAAUGCAAAAUCACUUUGUUACAGAAUUUACUUUGCUAGGUGUUAAAUCUAUAUAAAAUAUGUCUGACUCAUAAUAUUUUAAAAGUUCUCAAUAUAGUAAACUGCCCUCAACAUGCUAUUUAGGUGACUGUAGUUUUAAAAGGCUGUACUUACCUGUUAAUUCUGAACUAACGUAAUUUGUGAACUUAAACCUUCUGUUGAAAAUGUUUCCAAACUUAUGGUUGGAAGAGCUAAAUUUGCACAGAAAUGUUCAGUCUGCUUUUGUUUAAAUAUGUAAUAUGUCAUCUGAAGCAUUGCUUGAAAGUUUGACCUUUUCUACUUAAAGGACCUUAAAGGAGCAAUCUAUCAGAAUGAAACCAAUAUCCUUGAGAUGGCUUCUGUGACUU